AAAAGCUCACACUAUAGAAAUUAACCCCGCUGCUGAUAUUGUUGUUUUUAUAAAAGUUGGAUUUUGCUAAUUUUGUAUUUUGGAAAGUUUUUUAUUCAAAUUCAUCUUAAACCCUUUUGGGGUUGAGUAAGAGUAAAUUCAAUAACAGAAUUACAAUUCAGUAAUGAAGUUUAUGUUGGUAUUAAAAAAUUCGAUGAAGAAAAACUAGCAACCGUGCAGAUGCACGUGUUUAAAUAAAUUUGCAUAUCCUGCAAUUUAUUCACGCUUUUUAUAUUGGCUUUGGGGCUCUUCACCUGAUAAAAAAUACGGCCUCGAAAUACUUCGGAGUGGACGCCAAUUUCGAUCGUCAACAAAUAAUGCCUUCCAUCCCCAUCGACAACGACGUCUCUACUUGCGCCGUUUGUUCCAAUCCCGCCUCCAAGAAGUGCUCGCGGUGUAAAUCUGUUCGUUAUUGUUCCUUAACUUGCCAGAAGGUGCACUGGAAAGACGGGCAUAAGACAAAGUGCAAAGUAAAUUCAGCACAGACUGCUAACACAAAAUCAUUUUCAGGAGUUGCUUUGGUUCCUGCCCGCGGAACCUCUACAAUCAGCAAGAAGCCGACAGAGGUUCUUUUCCCAUAUAAUGAGUUUGUAGAACUUUUCAACUGGGAGAAACCAGGAUUCCCUCCGCGUGGACUCUUAAAUUGUGGGAAUAGUUGCUUUGCCAAUGUUGUUCUGCAAUGCCUUGCUUCUACUCGGCCUCUUGUUGCUUACUUAUUGGAGAAAGGGCAUCGGAAAGAGUGCAGACGUAAUGAUUGGUGCUUUCUGUGCGAACUUCAAAUUCACAUUGAAAGAUCAAGCCAAAGUCUUCAUCCAUUUUCACCAACUAAUAUUCUCUCAAGGUUGCCUAAUAUUGGAGGUAAUCUUGGUUAUGGAAGACAGGAGGAUGCUCAUGAAUUCAUGAGGUUUGCUAUUGAUACAAUGCAAUCAGUCUGCCUUGAUGAAUUUGGUGGAGAAAAAGCAGUUGAUCGUAGCUCUCAAGAGACAACCCUUAUUCAGCACAUAUUUGGUGGUCAUCUACAGUCGCAGGUGAUUUGUACAAAUUGCAAUAAGAUUUCAAAUCAAUGUGAAAAUAUGAUGGAUUUAACUGUUGAAAUUAAUGGAGAUGCUUCAUCGUUGGAGGAAUGCCUUGACCAAUUCACUGUUAAAGAGUGGCUUCAUGGGGAAAAUAUGUACAAAUGUGAUGGUUGCAAUGACUAUGUCAAGGCAUGGAAGCGGCUUACUAUACUAUGGGCUCCUAACAUUCUUACAAUUGCCUUAAAAAGAUUUGAGAGUGGCCGGUUUGGGAAACUCAACAAAAGAGUUAGCUUUCCUGAGACAUUAGAUCUUACCUCUUACAUGAGUGGAGAUGGAGAUGAUACCAAUGUAUACAAACUUUAUGCAGUUGUUGUCCAUUUGGAUAUGUUAAAUGCAUCCUUUUUUGGUCAUUACAUCUGCUAUACCCAAGAUUUCAAUGGAAAUUGGUAUAGAAUUGAUGACUGUAAGGUUAUGAGGGUUGAAUUGGCAGAGGUCCUUUCUCAGGUUGCAUAUAUGCUUUUAUAUAGCAGGGUUUCUGUACGCCCCUCAUGUCUUAAAACUUCAGGAACUCAGGGGAAUGAUGAACAGAAAUCAAUGAAAGCUUUAGUUGAACAUUGUCCAAAGGAGCAAAUUCAGUGCCUACCUGAAAAUGAGUCCAUCACUUCUAGUCUUUCUCCGUCCUUGUCAUUGAAUGGUAGUUUGCAUUCAGAAAUUCCUGGACUUAAAGUUGAGUCAUCUACAGGAAGGAAUACUGAUGCUCAACAUCAGGAUGGUGAUGUGGUUAGGUUAAAGUCCAACUCCUCUCUUUCUGAGGAAGUUUUCUUCUAUGAAAACAACUCAUGUUUACAGAUUGAUUCAGAAGUUAUCCAAAUAAAUGGUGAUGAUAUGGAUAAGGUUAAUUCUAUAGCUGUGACAGGAAAUCCAGAGAAUAUGGAUAGGAUUAGUACUCUGCCAUGUUCUACUGAUAUGAAGGAGAUUUGCAGGUCUGACAAAGAUCUAUUUGAUGCAACCAACUCCGAAGAUAUAUAAAAGCCGAAAGCGCGAAGACAAUUGAUGCAAAGCAAGCUGUCAGCUAGAUUCGCUAGUAUCAAUUAGUUACGUGAUCAAAGAUUCACAAGACGUAGAUAUGGCCAGUUCCAAAUCUAGUCCAUCUACUGAAGGGGAUGGUUUGUGAAAGAUGAGACAUCUCCAGUUCAAACCCGCUUUGAAAUGCGAAUUGUCGAUGGCAAGGUAGUUUCCCUUGCAGUAAUUGGCUGCAUUUUAUGGGGUAAUUACUUUGUUCAUAUAUUUAUUGUUUGGAUUAUCCCAUCAUUGAAAAUACUAAAUAGAUUCUAUUUUUUUAAACUUGACCCUUAACCAUUUUAGGGUUACACAGUCGAAGAAUGUGGUUAGAAUUAUAACAGGAAUUCCUUUGUCAAUAAAUCUAAGAUCAGGGCUUGAAUUAUUUCAGUUCUGCGACAUAUUUAAGCUAUUUAUUAACA